CAAAAAAAACAAAUGACAAUAGUAGGAGAGGGAGAUCUAGGUGAUUAUUAUGACCCUACGGUCAAAUAUGUUCCUCUCAAACCUAUAGAGAAUCACAUGAAUGACAUUAAUCCAGAGCGUUUGUCAAAAUACCUUGACCCUGAAUUUAUAAAUGUCAAACCUGACGAUAAAACAAAAGACUCAAGUCAGCUAGAAAUAGAAGAUAAAGAAAAAUUAGAUAUUGAUUUUGAAUUAAGUGAUGAUUCAUUAAAAGAAUUAGAAGAAGAAAAAAUAAAAAUCUCAAUGUUAACACCUCGUGAAUACCAAUAUGCUUUAUACCAAAAAGCUUUAGAAGAAAAUGUCAUUACUGUCCUCGAUACAGGUGCUGGUAAAACUCUUAUUUCAAUCAUGCUCAUUAAGCAAAUGGUAUUAGAAGAGCGACAAGCUCGAUUAACUAGACGUGAGACAAAACUUGCUUUUUUUUUAGUUGAUCGUGUUCCUCUUGUAUUUCAACAAGCUAGUGUAAUUAAAGCAAACUGUGAUGUUCAAGUGGAAGCAAUGUGUGGUGAAAUGGAAGUUGAUGCUUGGUCAGAAAAAAAAUGGAAACAAAUAUUUGAAGAAAAUGAUGUAUGUGUAAUGACUGCACAAAUCUUUUUAGAUACACUUCGUCAUGGUUUUAUUAGUCUUGAUAAGGUUCAUCUGAUGGUUUUUGAUGAAUGUCACCAUGCGACCAAGAAACAUCCUUUCAAUUUGAUUAUGCGAGAAUUUUAUGAUAGAUGUACAACUGAGAAACCAAAAAUAUUUGGUAUGACUGCCUCUCCAAUGAAUGCUUACUCUAGUGUUGAGCAUAGUGUCGCACAACUAGAAAAGAAUCUGGAUGCGCGAGUAUAUACAGCAGCGAAUUUAGAUGAACUUAAUAUCAGUAUUAACAAGCCUACAGAAAUUACACUUGAAUAUCUUCCUGCUCCUCGAUAUGAUGAAACAUCACUGUCAAAACAAAUUAGAGAGAAGAUUGGUUCAAUUCAACGAUAUACACGUUGUUUUGUUAUUACAACAGAUAUACUUAAUUCUCUAGGCCCUUGGUGUAGUGAUUAUAUGUGGAAAAUUAUGCUGACUGAUCUAGAGCGAAAAAUGACAAAUGCAACACAGAAUUUGGAUAGAGAUGCAUUGUUAGAUGAAGAUCUUGCCUUGAAAGAAACUCAUGAAUUCAUUGAUUCUGUUGAAUUUUGUCGCAAUCCAAAUAUCUCUGAUACAAACCUAUUUACACCUAAAAUAGCCCGUUUAAUUAGUGUCUUGAACUUGGUUGUGAAUCGAUUAGCUGAUUUUUGCGGUAUUAUUUUUGUAGAACGAAGACAUACAGCAAUAGCUAUAAAAACUCUUAUUGAAUCAUUAGAUUCUCUUAAAUCUGCAAGAUGUGGUAUUUUAAUUGGGCAUGGGACUUCAGAUGAAGGCGAUAUUCAAAUGUCAUUCAAAGAACAAAAUAAAACCAUCGAAAAAUUUAGAACAGGUGAAUUUAACUUGUUGAUUGCUACUAAUGUUGCUGAGGAAGGUCUUGAUAUUCAACCUUGUAAUGUUGUCAUCCGUUUUGAUUUCUUUCAUACUUUAAUUGGAUAUAUUCAGUCGCGUGGUAGAGCACGACGAAAAGACUCUAAAUAUAUCUUGCUAGUUGAAAAGGGUAAUGCUAGCCAGCAGGGUAUGCUGGGUGAGUUUAGAACUUUAGAAAUGGAUAUGAAGAAUUUCUGUCAAAUGUUGCCAUCAGAAAGAAAUAUAGCUAAUAGAUAUUCAGUUGGUAUGGAUGUUGACUAUGAUUCAGAAGAGGAUUUUGAUUCAGAUGAAGAAAACUAUAUGGAAAGUGCAAUCAUUAUACCAGAGACAGGCGCCACUAUUACUAAACAAAACGCUGUUCCUUUAAUUCACCGUUAUUGUGGCUCUUUACCAUCAGACAGCUUUUGCAUCUUAAACCCCGUCUUCGAAACCAUGAGUACAGGUCAAGGUUAUGUCUGUAAAUUAUAUUUACCAAGUAAUGCUGCCUUUCAAGAAAUGGAAUCGCCUGUUGUCCGUUCAAAGGACCACGCAAAGGCUUUAGUCGCAUUACAAGCAUGUGCGCAGCUUAGAGUUAUGAAUGCCUUGGAUAAGCAUCUAAUGCCUUAUAACUUACGUAAAGAAAUUCUGGGUGAAAUGGCACCACAAUACGAUGAGAAUGGUUAUGUGAUUGGCAGUAGACGUCGCCAUGGUCUAUAUGAAAAAAGGACACCAAAAUUUUGGAAACGAACGUCAGAUAUAGAAGAAGAAGAAGAAAUAAUUGCAGUAGAAGAUAAUCCAGAUCUACUGAAGGCUCAAGCUCAUCAUGUGCCUAUUGUUGAAGAGGCAAGUAUCAACAAAGAAAAAGAAGUAACUGGAACAGAGGCAGGUGUAAAUGACUCAUUUGAAGUAUUGGGAAGAGUAAAUGGAAAUGGUCCAAUCAAAACAUUUGAUCCUAUAGUAAAUGAUGAAGGAAAAGUAUUGAACUCUAUCUUGGACGAUCAGGUAAUACUAAAUGGAAUGCCAGUUCUGACUCCAACAAUUGGUUCUCCUAUUUUGCCCAAUGAGAAUUCUAUUAUACCCAACGAAGCAUCUAGUGUAUCAUUAGAUGAGACAUUUAUUUUACCUAACGGUCAUUCUCAGCUGCUAAAUGGAAAACUAGACGAAAACUCAAAAACAAAAGAAGAUAUAAUUGAGGAGAAAGAAAAAGGAGACACUAAAGAUGAUAACGAAAUUGAUGAACUGAUUGAGACAGAAAAAGAAGAAGAGUUAGGUGAAGGGCCUUUCUCUUGUUGGUUUACUGUUUUAGAAGUAAAAAUGAAUGAUUCAAUUUUUGAAGGUGUGCCUUUGCGUCGUUUAUGUUUAAUAACCAAAAAGCCAUUCCCCUCACUUCCUGAUUUGAAAUUAUUUCAUAAAAGCAUUCCUUUUAUGGUCCAUACUCGUAAUCUUGAAACAGAAAUUAUCUUCAAUAGGGAAAAAAUCAUGUCUCUUUCUAUAUAUAUGUCAAAGCUUUUAUUAUCAUUACUGAAUAAGGAGUUCCAUUGCCCCAUCGUAGAUAUACCUUACUAUAUUGUUCCUCUAGUAUCGAGUUGUGAGAAUACAAUUUUCGAAAACAUCUCGGCUUCUGCUCUUGAAGAAUUAGUUGACUGGAAAGAGAUUGAUAGUGUUAUUCAAUUUACAUCACAUCCAUUUACUUUAGAAAAGGAUAACGAUGCAAUAGAUAGUAUAAUUAUUGAUAAAACAGAUAAUAUGCGUCGUUAUUUUGUAACAAAAGUUCGACACGACCUGAACCCUCUCAGUGAUGUGCCAGAAGGUGCAUAUAUUCGUAACUCUGGUUAUAAAACAUUUGCAGAUUAUUAUAGAGAAGUUAAAUCUAUACAAGAUUUGGAUAUAACUCAACCUUUAUUAGAAGUUAAGAGGCUAAAAAAAGUGAUGAAUUUUCUAUACCCUGGUCAAAUAGAACAGGCCAAGAUGAAAGGCCCCAUUACAACCUAUUGUUUACCUAGCUUAUGUCAAAGAUUUUAUAUGAGUGCUAGUGUCUAUCAAGCCAUGAUGAUCAUUCCUUCAAUUAUGACUCGUAUCGACUCGCUAUUAUUGAUACGAGAAGCUCGAGAAAGAUAUGACUUGCCGAUCGAUGAUGAAUUAAUGUUGGAAGCAUAUACUACACCAUCUGCAAGUAUGGAAAUGGAUUAUGAGCGUCUUGAGACACUUGGUGAUUCAUUGUUAAAGUUUAUUGCUACUAUUCGUUUAUAUAUCAACUUCCCAUUUAGCAAUGAAGGUGAACUUCAUCACCUACGUAUUCGUGUUAUUUGUAAUAGAGCGUUAUAUAGAUCAGCCAAACGUCUCAAAUUUUAUAGAUACAUUACGAGUCAAGCAUUUAAUCGUCGUUACUGGCGUCCUCCAGGCUUUAGAAGUCCUACUGAUAAUGCCGAAACUUUAGGAGGCUUAAACUAUCACAAGUUGUCUGAUAAAACAUUAGCUGAUAUUGUAGAAGCAUCUCUAGGUGCAGCUUAUCUUAGUAAUGGGCUUGAGGGUGGCCUCCAUACUGCUAUUCAACUUCAAAUACCUUUUGACGAAAUUAAGACUUGGUCCGAUUUCAAGCCUACGUUCGAAGAAAGUAGAAAGAAGGUCCCAGCUCGAGCUGAAGUUAGAGCACUUCGAUUAUUAAACCUUCCCAAGAUUACCGAAAUCCUCGGCCGCGAGUUCGAAACGCCCUUAUUAAUUGUUGAAGCCUUAACGCAUGCCAGUUUACCUAAUUCUACUGCUCCCUGUUAUCAACGACUUGAAUUUCUAGGCGAUGCCAUUUUAGAUUUCUUAGUUAUCAGAUAUCUUUAUUCAAAGUAUCCAGAUGCUGAUCCAGGUCUAAUAACUGACUUGAAAGAUUCUUGUGUCAAUAACCAUGUUCUAGGCAUUAUCUGUAUUGAAAUUGGGUUGUAUAAGCAUAUUAUACAUUAUUCAGGAAAACUAAUCAGAGCAAUUGAGCAAACAGUUACUGAAAUCGAGGAAACGAAGAAGAGUGGAGAAGCAGUAGGCGAAUAUUGGAGAGAUUUUAAUAUUCCUAAGGUUUUGUCUGAUGUUGUGGAAAGUAUGUUAGGUGCUACCUUUGUUGAUGCAGGAUUUAGAUUAGAACCUGUCGAAGAAUUAUUUGACAAAUGGUUUUUGCCUAUUUUUAAUAAUCAUGUAACACCUGACUUAAUCAAAAUACAUCCGUUAAGAAAACUUCUCACAGAUUUACAAAGGUUUGGUUGCGAUAGUUUCAUGUUAAGAAAUCAUAGUGUAGGUGAAACUGGACCUGAGAGCCAAAAAUGCGUCAUUUUCCUUCAUGAUAAACCAUUGGCCUGUGGAUCUGAUUGGAAUAUUAAAACUGCACGUCGAUUUGCAGCUAUGAAGGCAAUACAGAGAUUAGAAGAUGAGCCUGAUUUAUUAGAAACUGUAUGUAAUUGUAGAGUAUCAAUGAUUAAAAGAGGUCUACUUGUAGAAGAAAAUCCUAGUAAUGAGUAUGAUGAAGAAGAAGAGGAUUAAAAUCACGUGUUUUUAAAGGGCCGCGCCCUGUUUAAAUUUCUACAUAAAAUUGUUUUCCUUUGCUUUUUUUUUUUUUUUUAUAAAAAGGAUUAUUUUGUAUACAUAACAAACUCCCCACUCAUCCUUAUUUAUUAAUAAUAUGCUUCGUGCUGCUUUUACUGGUUCUGUUUCUCGUAUUGCUGUUCGUUCAGCUAUUCCUGCUGUUCGACCUUUGACAAUGG